UCCACUCACUGAAAAAAGGCUGGCGGAGCACAAACAAACGUGUGGAUUUUUGCUGCUCUUUCUUUCUUUCUUUUUCCCCCACAAGAUGAUGUUCGCUAAAUUUAGCGUCGUAGGUACAAUUCCCCAUAUUACUCGGAUCUCUCUAUCACUUCCAAGCACCUGUUCUCUAAACCAAACCCCCAAAACACUCCCACAAAAAUGUCUCUAACCAUUAAAUUACACAUCACCAACAACCUCAACCUCAAGCUCGGAACAAUCAAGAAAAGUGCCUACACAAGCUACGGCACCAAGAUCCGGCACAAACCCAUAUACCAUUCCAACCCAUUAAUCUCCACCGUGUACAAACCCACAAUGCAUGUUGAUGGUUCUUCUUCGUCUUCCUUUUCGAUCAAGAGCUCUCUGAUCGACCCGGAUGGUGGGGCCCUGGUGGAUCUUGUGGUGCCGGAGAGCGAGCGGGCAAAGAAGAAGUCGGAGGCGGAGGCAAUGCCCAAGGUGAGGCUCACCAAGGUUGACAUCGAGUGGGUGCAUGUGAUCAGCGAGGGGUGGGCGAGCCCGUUGAGAGGGUUCAUGAGAGAGAGCGAGUAUUUGCAGAGCUUGCAUUUCAAUUGCUUGAGAAUGAAAGAUGGGUCCGUGGCGAACAUGUCGCUUCCCAUUGUUCUGGCUAUUGACGACGAGACCAAGGAGAGAAUUGGGUCGUCUCCCAAUGUGGGGUUGGUUGGACCCGAUGGAGAUUUGGUCGGUAUUCUUCGAAGUAUCGAGAUAUACAAGCAUCACAAAGAAGAAAGAAUAGCUAGAACUUGGGGUACUACUGCUCCAGGAUUGCCAUAUGUCGAGGAGGUUAUUAGUCCCGCUGGAAAUUGGUUGGUUGGUGGAGAUUUGGAAGUUUUAGAUCCUAUCAAAUAUAACGACGGGCUUGAUCACUACAGGCUCUCACCCAAACAACUCCGGAAGGAAUUUGAUAAGCGUCAGGCUGAUGCAGUUUUUGCUUUUCAAUUGAGGAACCCUGUGCAUAAUGGGCAUGCUUUGUUGAUGAAUGAUACACGGACUAGACUUUUGGAAAUGGGCUACAGGAAUCCAAUUUUAUUGCUGCAUCCUUUGGGUGGUUUCACAAAGGCAGAUGAUGUGCCCUUGGAUGUUCGGAUGGAGCAACAUAGCAAGGUCCUAGAGGAUGGGGUUCUUGACCCUGAGACUACCAUUGUAGCCAUAUUCCCGUCACCUAUGCAUUAUGCUGGUCCAACUGAAGUACAGUGGCAUGCUAAAGCACGGAUAAAUGCAGGUGCUAAUUUUUACAUUGUUGGCCGUGAUCCUGCAGGUAUGGGUCACCCAACUGAGAAGAGGGAUUUAUAUGACCCUGAUCAUGGGAAAAAGGUGUUAAGCAUGGCUCCUGGCCUGGAGAAGCUAAAUAUUUUGCCAUUCAAGGUGGCAGCUUAUGACACUCUGGAAAAGAAGAUGGCAUUUUUCGAGCCUUCACGUGCUAAAGAUUUCCUCUUCAUCUCUGGAACCAAGAUGCGGACUUAUGCAAGAAACGGAGAGAACCCUCCUGAGGGUUUUAUGUGCCCUGGGGGAUGGAAGGUCCUCGUCAAUUAUUAUGAGGGCUUGCAAGCGGAAGAGGCUUCACAGCAGCAGGCUGUGUUGACUACUUAGAUAUGUACUAGAGUUUUUGGCAAGUUGAUGCCUUUUCUUUUUCAUUUUUUUUUCUUCUUUUUUAUGGGAUAAAUGGCAAGUUAAUUCAAGCAGGAGAAGAGCUUCAUAGUAGGGACCAAGGAGCAGCACUUUUUCAAAUCAGCACAGGCAAGACGCUACACUGAGAAUGAUCAUCUUCUUGUCUUUCCUGUAAACUUCUUCUCUUUGACUAUUGGUGUUGGUCUUCA